CACACUCACACACAGAAUUUUUCACUUCAUACCAGCCCAUAUCAGCCUCAGGAAACACUACGAAAUACAGAUUUUGCUGCAUUUUUUGCUCCUACUCGUGAAAGUGGAUGGAAUAACAUACUGGUGUCUGUUUACAGGAAGGAAACUACUGUACUGAGCUUCAAACUGCACCUGGAAACAUGAUUUUUCUCAAACUCAGACAAGGAUUAUGAGCAGCUUCUUUUACCUGCAACAAAAGCAAUGAAAGCAGACUUUAUGAGGAGAAUGUUCACCUUCAGGCUUGUCUACAUUUUCUCAUAUAACCUGUUCCAGUUCUGUGGUCAUACAUGGAUAUUGGCCAACACCAUCGCCAGGUUUCUCACAUUUGGUCAAGACGCUUUGGCAGAUACAUUUUACUCUGUUGGAUUUGUGAUGAGUCUCUGCCAGCUUCUCUCCAUCUUGGAGCUUUUUCACAUCGCAGAUGGGAUUGAGAAAGCCCGACUUAUUCCUCGCUUUUUCCAAGUUAUGGAAAAGAAUCUCCUGCUGAUCCUCGUCAUUAAGCUGGAGGAAAUCCAGAGUAAACCAGUUGUGUGUCUGCAAUUCUUCUUGUGGAACGUUCUAGACCUCUUAAGGUACCCUCAUGAGCUGUUGUGUGUUAUGGAAAAACCCUCCAUUGCCAUGCUGUGGACUCGGUACACACUCUGGAUCCCUUUAUAUGUCGUGUCAGUCGCCAAUGAAGGUCUCAUUAUUUACCAAGCCCAGCUUUACAUUGAGCAAACAGCCUCCUUCUCUUCAACGACAUCACACAUUCACCUCCCUUUGGUGCUGAUGCUCUGCCUGCCAGUUCUAUCUCUUGGGGCUUCUGUAACAGUCUGGCAGCUGCUUAAGGAGAGACAAAACCACUUGAAGAAAUGGAACAGCAAGAUGAAGAGGAAAUGAAGUGUGUUUUAGUCUUACAGAAAAAUACAAUAAGGAAUAUACAAACUGAAGCAUUUGUUUUAAUGAUGAUUUAUUGAUGUCAUGGAAUUGUCUGAUGUGCUUCAAGAAUAUUAAAUAGAUGAAAAUUACAUUUUGACAUAGCACAUUCCUCUUGAGCUCCUAUAUGUGAUUUAAGUGGAGCCACAGCAGUAGUACAGUAUCUGUUUAAGCUUCCAGAUGACAAAAAUCUCAACUUUCUCCAUCACUGUGUCCGUGUCCAAUGAGCAGAAGCAGGGCCAAUGCAGAUUGACUUGUAGGACCCUCCAUACAUGUUAUCAUGAGAAUAGCAUAUUGCAGCUACCAGCCAUAAGCUCUGGUCCACACGGCUUUUUUCUUGAACUCAGAGGAAGACUUCAGAGCCAACAGAGCAGCUGAAACAACACAAAGAUGAUCAGAUGAAUCUGGUGGACUUUACAGUCUGUUUUCAUUUCUGCACAAAGAGGUGUUUUUGUGAAUGAAUGAUUUAAAUGUAUUGGUUUUUGAAUGCUUCAGCUAAUAUUGAUAUUUUUGCAUAGCUCACUAUGUUUAUGUCAUAACAAUACUAACAUCUCAGUGUUUCUUUCACAUACUUGUUUACAUUCUGUUUAUCUGCCCAAAACCCACUGUGUAUAUCAAUGCCAAUACAUUCACCUUUUGUUAAGAUAUUUAUAUAGACAAUUUUUUGUAUCUUUUGAAAUCUGCACAAUUUUACAUAAAAGUUGUUUUUUGAGAACUGGACAUCAGACAAGAUGACAUGUAUUUGUUCCAGUGGAAGCUGCAGAAUUGAACUCUGACUGAAACGUACUCAGAAGGUUACAGGCAUUCUUGUGUUUGUCCACUGUAAUGAAAAGGUCCUGUACUGGCUUUAGGAAGAAAUUUAGGUGUGGUGCAAAUUCAUGUGUAAUAAGAAUUUUUAUAUGAGUACUCUGCAUAUGCACUGAAUAAUCAAAUAAGACCUUGCAUUAAAAGUGUUGAAAUAAAUUUCAGCAGUUUUCA